AUGGGUGACUUUUCGUCGCUGGGGCUCUCAAACUGGCUGGUCAAGCAGUGUAAACAGCUGGGAAUCAGCAAACCCACUCCCGUCCAGGAAAACUGCGUGCCAGCUAUCCUAGAAGGUCGGGACUGUAUGGGCUGUGCCAAGACUGGAAGUGGGAAAACAGCAGCAUUUGUGCUGCCAGUGCUGCAGAAACUGUCAGAGGACCCAUAUGGUAUCUUCUGCCUGGUGCUCUCUCCUACCAGGGAGCUGGCCUAUCAGAUCGCUGAGCAGUUUCGAGUCUUGGGCAAACCCCUGGGUCUGCGGGACUGUAUUAUCGUCGGUGGCAUGGACAUGGUGAGCCAGGCGCUGGAGCUGUCCAACCAGCCUCAUGUGGUCGUAGCAACACCGGGCCGGCUGGCCGAUCACAUCCGCAGCUCCAACACCUUCAGCAUGAGCAAAAUCCAGUUCCUGAUUUUGGACGAAGCAGACCGGCUGCUGGAGCAGGGCUGUACUGACUUCACCAAAGACCUGGAGGUGAUCCUGAAGAUUCUGCCGGCCAAACGGCAGACGCUGCUGUUCAGCGCCACACUCACCGAAACGCUGCAGGAGCUGAAGAAGAUUGCCAUGAACAAACCUUUCUUCUGGGAGAGCACGUCAGAGACACGAACAGUGGAGGAGCUGGACCAGAGGUACAUCCUCACUCCGGAGAAAGUGAAGGACGCCUACCUGAUCCACCUGAUCCAGAUGUUCACAGAUGAGCAUGACGACUGGUCCAUCAUCAUCUUCACCAACACGUGCAAGAAUUGCCAAAUCCUCACCAUGAUGCUGAGGGAAUUUAACUUUCCAACAAUCUCGCUGCAUUCCAUGAUGAAACAGAAACAACGCUUUGCAAACCUUGCCAAGUUCAAGGCCAGCGUCUACAAAAUCCUGAUUGCGACCGAUGUAGCUGCCAGGGGUUUGGAUAUUCCAACUGUCCAGGUCGUCAUUAACCACAACACCCCCGGCCUUCCCAAGAUCUACAUCCACAGAGUCGGUCGAACAGCAAGAGCAGGGAGGAACGGAGUGUCCAUCACGCUGGUGACGCAGUAUGACAUCCACCUGGUCCACUCCAUCGAAGAGCAGAUUCAGACAAAGCUGAAGGAGUAUCCUGUGGUGGAGAAAGAAGUCCUGAAGAUCCUCACGCAGGUCAACAUGGCCAGACGGGAGUGUGAAAUAAAACUCGAAUCAACAGACUUUGAUGAGAAAAAGGAGAUCAACAAGAGGAAACAGCUGAUCUUGGAGGGGAAGGAUCCAGACCUAGAGGCCAAGAGGAAAGCUGAGCUGGAGAAGAUCAGGAGCCAGAAGAAGAAGUUCAAACAGAAAAUCCAGGAGAGCAUUGAGAGACAGAAACGUGGACAGCUGAAAAAGAAACUGAUGAAGAGAAAACAAAUGAAAAAGAAAAAAGCGGCGCAGGCAACGGCGUGAAAACUGCUCAGUCAUGUAUAUACUAGUUUUAUUACUGUGCAAUAUCUGUAAUAUUUUCAUAUUUGUCAGCAACUGCAAAAUAAAA